AUGCAGAAACAUGACAUCAAGCAAGAUGGGGAUAAUGUUGAGCAAAAGAAAGACGAUGUCCUGGAAGGGAUCACUACUGUUGCUCCCACGUCCUUCAAAGACCAGCUGAAGGCAAUGAAGAAUCAUCGACGCGCUGUACUCGCUGCUUUUGCCUGCUCGACAACACCUAUCCUUAUCGGCUACGAUCUCACUCUCAUCGGAUCUAUCAUCGCAAACACCCAGUUUGUCCAUCAAUUUGGUGUCUUCGAUGCAUCCUCCCAGACCUGGUCCCUACCUGCUAGUUAUCAGCUCACUUGGAGUGUUGUUCAAUAUGUGUCUGCCAUCAUUUUUGCUAUUGGAUCGGGGUAUCUGAAUGAUCGUUUCGGACGUCGCGUCUGCUUCUUGAUAACUGUCAUGUCAGUAUCUUCUUUUGUGCCCUUUAUUUCUUCUGUUCCUUGA